GCAUCUAGUCUCCAUGAAUGGAACAGUCUCCUUGUAAUAGAUUCUAGAGUCCGUAUUUGUAUUUUCUGUCUUUCGGGAAUAUGGCGAGCAGAUUCCUGAUGAUCAGUCAGGAAGUGGCUCACAUCAGACACUGACAAGGGUCUGUGACUUAAUUUUGGCUUUCCCAGCCUCUGCUCACAGACCACUCAGUCUCUGGUAUUUCGUUUCUGCAGUGAGAAUAGAUUAAGAUAGCUCUCUUGACUAUAUCGUUCCUGUAUUCUUCAGCCACACAUUUAAAACCGUUUACUUGGUUUACUUUCAUAGACAGCUGGUUAAACCAAUUGUGAAAAGACUCACAGUUUUUCACAGGAAAUCAUUAUUUCUAAAUCCUUUGGAAGAGCUUAAGGGCACCCUUGUUCUAGGAGGAUUAUACAUGGACCAGAAAGGCAUGUGGAGCAAGGCUCUUAGCCCCCAUCCACUACAAAGUGUGCUGUGGACUUCCUUCAGCUCACAUGAGGAAGACAGGCUCACUAGACUUAGGAGUCAUGGUAGUACAUGCACUCAGCCUUCACACCAGAUGUUCAGUCAAAAUGUGGUCUUAGACACUAAUGAUCUUGACUCUCCUUCCUUUGUCCUUGCCAUUCUAUUCUUGAGUUUAUUUUUGGUUUUCUUAGCUCACCUCCCAUUUCUGCCCCCCACCCAUACCCCAUUUGUUUGUUUGUUUGUUUUUCCAAUCCUUUGUUCUUUGUCUCUACUGGAUUUCCCCAUCCCUGUUUCCACUAUCCUGCUUACUAGUCACAGAAUCCCCAAACCUCUGCCAUUUAUUCUCUGCAGUUAGAACAGGCAAGGUUUGCUUACACGCAAGUUUGUCUAAGGGUUCUGAAAGGAUCUGAGGAGGAGCGAGAAAAAAUAAAAUAAAAUAAGAAUCCGCAGGCUCAUUCCUUAAGCAAGCAUGGAAGUUAUACCAAGGUGGGGCUUCUUAAAGCAGGAAGAAAUCCAGAAGUUUCCCAUAUCUUCUUUUCUUGACGCUACAUGGAGAAAAACGAAGCUGCCUCCUUCACACGUAGACAGCUGGUUAAACCAAUCAUGAAAAGACUCACAGUCCAAUGAAGUGCACUCCACUCCCUACUUUGACAUUGUAGUAUUGAAUUUUGAUUAUUCUACUGGCAUCACUGAACACAUGAUCUCCACAACAGUUGGCAGCUGUGACCAGCUCCUCACUAACUUUUUUUGUUUGUUUGUUUCCUUUUCAUACUUCCCAGGACGCUCUUUGGGUUUCCUUCUCUGUGGUUCAGAGUCCUCAUGUUUUCAAUUUUUGAUCCAUUUGCCUAUCAGGCCAUGCUGCCUUCCUGCAGCCUUAACACCACAUUGCAGGUAUUCCAUGGCUUGACCCACUUUCUCUCCCCCUCCACUUGGUUGAGGUUUCUUUGCUCUUCUCUUCUUUUGCCUAGGCUAGCCUUUCUCGCACAGGCUUUAUAGCUUCCUUCGCUCAUCUGAGCUAGCUGGACACUGUCACCUCUCUGGUUACCAGCCUGCGCGUGCCAACAAUGCACCUAGUCCUGUACAGGUGUCCAGUGAAGGAGUGAUGGGCCAAUGCUUGGAUGAAUAAAGACUUGGUAACUAGGAAGGUGGUGGCGUUGGUGCUGAGAGCAUCCAAAAGUCAGGUGGAACCUGCAACGUGACAACGGCUGGGUGGUGGGUUUAGGAUCCAGAUAGCGCGAGAGGGACCCCAGUCAGAAAGGCUGCUGUCGCUAAGGCGGGAGCCGCCCACGCGGGAUGAGCCUCGUACCGCCCCUCAUUCAAUCCCGUGGUCCUGCAGCGACCACCGCCUCCACCGCCCACUAGCCCCGCGCUUCGCUCUUGGCUCAACCCGGCCACCGUCGCUCUCGGAACGCUCGCUCGUGACCCGGAAGCGCAUUCUCCCUAGCAACUGCGGGUCUGCGGCGCCGCCGGCCUCCCGGGAGCGACGCUCGUGACAACUGAGCUGCUGAAGGCAGGAGGAACUCUGAGCUGAAUAGUAGUGGGUCCCUGAAUCUGGAGAGAAGACGCCACCUUGGAACCAGUAAUGAACCAUCCUGACUACAAGCUGAACCUUCGGUCUCCGGGGACCCCCAGAGGUGUGUCCUCUGUGGUUGGCCCGAGUGCUGUUGGUGCUUCGCCAGGUGACAAAAAGUCAAAGAACAAGUCCAUGCGAGGGAAGAAAAAGAGCAUAUUUGAAACCUACAUGUCCAAGGAGGAUGUUUCAGAAGGCUUGAAGAGAGGAACACUUAUCCAGGGUGUAUUGAGAAUCAACCCAAAGAAGUUUCAUGAAGCCUUCAUUCCUUCUCCGGAUGGUGAUCGGGACAUUUUUAUUGAUGGAGUUGUUGCUCGUAAUAGAGCCUUAAAUGGGGACCUUGUGGUUGUAAAACUGCUUCCUGAGGAUCAGUGGAAGCCAAGGAUAACCUUGUCUCUGCCUGGAGUGCUGGGAUUACAGUCUUGAAAUACAGCCUAUUAAUUUUAAAAGGAAGGGAAGAAAAACCUAACCAGUGACCAGUUCCUCUUCUUAAUUCUGGACCAUUGUGUGGCUCAGAUCAGCUAUUGUGUGUAAAAGCACAGAAAGACUUAUCCUUUGGCAGUUAAACCAGAGAGCAAUGACAAAGAAAUAGAAGCUACUUAUGAAGCUGACAUCCCUGAAGAGGGCUGUGGACAUCACCCCCUGCAGCAGUCCCGGAAAGGCUGGAGUGGUCCUGAUGUCAUUAUAGAGGCUCAGUUUGAUGACAGCGACUCAGAAGAUAGACAUGGCAACACCAGUGGCCUGGUUGAUGGUGUUAAGAAAUUGUCAAUCUCUACUCCUGACAGAGGAAAAGAAGAUUCUAGUACUCCAGUUAUGAAAGAUGAGAACACCCCCAUACCACAGGACACAAGAGGCUUAUCAGAGAAGUCACUUCAGAAAUCAGCAAAGGUGGUUUACAUCUUGGAGAAAAAGCAUUCUCGAGCAGCAACUGGCAUCCUGAAACUCUUGGCUGAUAAGAACAGUGACCUGUUUAAGAAAUACGCCCUGUUUUCUCCUUCAGACCACCGAGUACCUAGAAUUUACGUACCUCUCAAGGACUGUCCCCAGGACUUCAUGACCCGACCUAAAGACUUUGCCAACACGCUGUUCAUCUGCCGCAUCAUAGACUGGAAGGAGGACUGUAAUUUUGCCCUGGGGCAACUGGCUAAGAGUCUUGGGCAGGCUGGUGAAAUCGAGCCUGAAACAGAAGGGAUACUGACAGAAUAUGGUGUGGACUUCUCUGAUUUCUCUUCAGAAGUUCUUGAAUGUCUCCCUCAAAGCCUGCCCUGGACAAUCCCACCUGAUGAGGUGGGCAAGAGAAGAGACCUAAGGAAAGACUGUAUCUUCACCAUUGAUCCAUCAACUGCUCGCGACCUUGAUGAUGCCCUCGCCUGCAGGCGGCUCACUGAUGGCACCUUCGAAGUGGGCGUCCACAUCGCCGAUGUGAGUUACUUUGUUCCUGAGGGAUCCUCUUUGGAUAAAGUAGCUGCUGAGAGAGCCACAAGUGUCUACUUGGUCCAGAAGGUGGUCCCCAUGCUUCCCAGGCUUCUGUGUGAGGAACUCUGCAGCCUCAACCCCAUGACUGACAAGCUGACCUUCUCUGUGAUCUGGAAGCUGACCCCUGAAGGCAAGAUCCUUGAAGAGUGGUUUGGCCGCACUAUCAUCCGUUCUUGCACCAAACUGAGCUACGACCAUGCCCAGAGCAUGAUCGAAAAUCCAACUGAGAAGAUCCCUGAGGAAGAGCUUCCCCCAAUUUCUCCAGAGCACAGCGUCGAGGAGGUGCACCAGGCAGUCCUGAACCUGCACAGCAUUGCAAAGCAACUCCGCCGCCAGCGCUUUGUAGAUGGCGCACUCCGUUUAGAUCAGCUGAAGCUUGCUUUUACUCUGGACCAUGAGACUGGACUGCCUCAAGGAUGUCACAUCUAUGAGUACCGAGACAGCAACAAGCUUGUAGAGGAGUUCAUGCUCCUGGCCAACAUGGCGGUGGCCCACAAGAUCUUCCGCACCUUCCCUGAGCAGGCCCUGCUGCGCCGGCAUCCCCCACCACAGACGAAGAUGCUCAGUGACCUGGUGGAGUUCUGUGACCAGAUGGGGCUGCCCAUGGAUGUCAGCUCUGCAGGGGCCCUAAAUAAAAGCCUGACUAAGACAUUUGGAGAUGACAAGUACUCUCUGGCCCGGAAGGAGGUGCUCACCAACAUGUACUCCCGGCCCAUGCAGAUGGCACUGUACUUCUGCUCUGGGAUGCUGCAGGACCAGGAGCAGUUCCGGCAUUAUGCUCUCAACGUUCCCCUCUACACACACUUCACCUCUCCCAUCCGCCGCUUUGCUGACGUCAUAGUGCACCGCCUCCUGGCUGCUGCUCUGGGCUACAGUGAACAGCCAGAUGUGGAGCCUGAUACCCUACAGAAGCAAGCUGACCACUGCAAUGACCGUCGCAUGGCUUCCAAACGUGUGCAGGAGCUCAGCAUCGGCCUCUUCUUCGCAGUUCUAGUAAAGGAGAGUGGCCCCCUGGAGUCCGAAGCCAUGGUGAUGGGUGUCCUGAACCAAGCUUUCGACGUGCUGGUGCUGCGCUUUGGGGUGCAGAAGCGCAUCUACUGCAAUGCACUGGCCCUGCGAUCCUACAGCUUCCAGAAGGUGGGGAAGAAGCCAGAGCUCACUCUUGUUUGGGAGCCUGAUGACCUUGAAGAGGAGCCAACACAGCAGGUCAUCACCAUCUUCAGCCUGGUGGAUGUGGUCCUGCAGGCAGAGGCCACAGCCCUCAAGUACAGUGCUAUCCUGAAGCGACCAGGCCUGGAGAAGGCGUCUGAUGAGGAGCCUGAGGACUGAAUGCUAGCCCAAGCCAGGCCUGUGCCUGCCCUACCCUGCUGGCUUUUAGGAAUAGGACCUUUUGACACCAAAGGGGAUUUUUAAUUUGGUUUUUAACAACUCAGGGGUUUGUUUUUAUUUUUAUUUUUCCUUUUAUUUUACUUUUGCAGCUCAGUUUUUAAAUGAACUGGAAGGUUAGGGGUCAGGGCAGGGGAUGCUGAGGCCUGGCCUGUGCUUCCCUGAGCAGAGAGGAUCCCAGUCCUCCUGGGCAGGCAGCCCCGCUUCUACCAGGCGACCCACUGCCCUUCCCUGCCCAGGAAAUGGGGGGUUUCAGCAAAUCAGUGUCAUGGAAUAAAAUCAAGUGUGAAUUGC